AUGGAGCCUAUUGCUGGACCAGGGUCGGCGGCGCCUGUGGGUGGGACGGAUCAGUCUGCAACCGUGGGUGAAGGGAUGGUACUGGGUUCGUUGGAGAAGGGGGCAAGUGAGGAGGCAGCUGGACAUGCAGGUCAGCGUUUGGAGUUGCCAAGGUCUGCUGCAGGGACAGCUGUGCUUUUGCAUGGAGAAAUGCAGCAUGGGUGUGGCGAUGUCCUUGCGCCAGAUUUGGGGGGCAGGUUGCUGUCAUCUCCCUUGAAGGACAUAGCUGCUGAUCAGGAGGCGGUUGGAGAGGCAGGUGACCUCACGGUGGAGGAGAAUGCAACGGUGGGGGAGGAAGAGGUGGCUACGGCGGAACGAAGUGCUGGAAAUCUAUCUCCAAGAGAUUAUAAUUUUAUGGUGCAACAUUUGGGGCGGGACCCCUCGGAUCAUGCUCCCUUGCUCUUGACAGCACUGUCUAGAUUGGAUAAUAAACCAAAGUCCUUUCGAUUCUUGAAUAUAUGGACGACUAAGCCGGAGCUUUUGGGAGUUAUUCGACAAGCUUGGGAGGGAACUUUUUUAGGCCCGCCCCUGCAGAGAUUAGUUGCCAAGUUGCGGGAGGUCAAACAGCAGGUGCAAUUGUGGUCUAGGGAUUCGUUUGGGGAUAUUUUUAAGGGGGUAAGGAAGGCUAGGGGGGAGGCACUGAGGUUGGAGGGUCUUUUUGAUAGUGAUCCUUCGGAAUCAAAUCUCCUUGCUCUUCAGGAGGCGCGGACGGGGUUGAAGAACUCGCUAAUGAUAGAGGAAGGUUAUUGGAGACAAAAGGCGAGGGUGAAAUGGAUUAGGGAGGGGGAUAAAAAUUCUAAAUAUUUCCACUCUAUAGUUACGGAGCGUAGGGCGAAAGCGGUAAUUCAUCGAAUCAAAGGUACGAAUGGGGUUUGGUUAACAGAGGAGGAUCGGAUUGCAGUGGAGGCAGUUGAGUAUUUUAAAGCUGUAUUCUCGGCUGAGCCAUUCUCAGGGUCUUGGGAUACACUGGACGUGGUUCCCCACAUGAUUUCUCAUGCCCAGAAUGAGGAGUUAGUGCGGAUUCCGGAGGUGAAGAAGAUAAGGGAGGUGGUGUUUGGAAUAGAUGGGGAGAGUGCAGCGGGACCGGAUGGUUUCACAGGGAGGUUCUUUACCUUUGCAUGGGAGGUGGUGGCGAAGGAUGGUAGACAAAUUUUUGAUAAUGUUUUAUUAGCUCAGGAGCUUAUUACAGAUAUUGGGAAAGCUAGUAGAGGGGGUAAUGUUGUUUUGAAGAUCGAUAUGGCCAAAGCCUACGACAGGGUUUCUUGGCCAUUUUUGAUUCAAGUGUUGAGGCAUUUCGAUUUUUGUGAAGUGUGGAUUGAUAUGAUAUGGAGGCUGAUCUCGAAUGUGUGGUUCUCAGUUAUCGUCAACGGGGCACCCCAAGGUUUCUUUAAAUCUAGCCGUGGGAUUCGUCAGGGGGAUCCGAUCUCACCAAGCUUGUUUGUUUUAUGCGCUGAGGUUCUCUCUCUUCAUCUUAACUCCUUGAGUAGGCGUCAGGGUUUCGUCCCUUUCAGGGUUCCGAAGGGAUGCUCGGUGGUCACGCACCUAGCUUAUGCGGAUGAUAUCAUUAUUUUCUCGAGCGGCAUGAAAAGAUCACUUCAGUUGGUGAUGCAGGUGUUAGAGGACUAUACGUCGAUUUCGGGGCAAAAGGGUGCCCACUUUACUCGGGAAGGCGGAGGAAGAGUUAUUUCUCUACGAUUUGUACCUCGAUUGCAAGUAGGAUUUUAUCGUGGAAGGAGAGACUCUUAUCGUCAGGUGGGAAGCUGCGCCGGUCUUUAUGGGCUGAGUUCAUGCACUAGAAGUAUUGCCAGGGGAUGCAUCCUUGUUGCUCGGAUCUCUCUCCAGGGCAGUCGUACAUUUGGAAGAGGAUGGUGGGAUUUGCAGGGCUUAAGUAGGGUGUUACCGUCGGAAUGGGUUUCACGGGUGCUGAGGGAGGCUCCCUCUACAGCGGCGGAGGCGGAUGAAAUGGUCUGGGCCCCCACUAAUUCAGGUGCAUUUACUAUUACAUCAGCAUAUCAGAUAGUGCGUCAAGGAGGUAAUGUUUCCAGACUAUUUGGUUCUUUGUGGCAUCAGGCCUUGCCAUCCAAGAUUUCUUUCUUCAUGCUGCGCCUGAUGUAUGGUAGGUUGCCGCUGAUGGAUGUGUUACACAAGUUUGGGUUCUUGGGCCCUUCUAAGUGCUUUUGUUGCUCUCUGAGCCCAUCCCCAGAAACUAUUAGUCACAUUUUUUGUACGGGGGAGGUGGCUAGGCAGGUUUGGGGUUGCUUUGAGGGUAUCAUCGGCGGAUUUAGUGAGGCUCUCACGAUUAGACAUAAGGUGAUGAGUUGGUGGGUUAAACCUAAUACGAAUCCAUACCUUGGGUUCGUUCACCGCAUAUUGCCAUCGUUAAUUUGUUGGAAUUUAUGGAAGAUGCGGAAUAUGUGGAUCUUUGAGGGGAAGCUAGACUCGGUAGUGCAUGUUUGUGAUCGGAUUUUCUUGGAGUUGAGAGAAUGCGUCUGUCUCCAGUUUCGAGAGAUAUCUCUGCCUUGUAGUUCACGAAUUGGUUUUUUUGAAAUGAUAGGUAGGUUGCGACGCAAGGUUAUUAUACGGGAGGUUCGUUGGGAAGGUCCGACUCGGACGGUAGUGAAGCUGAAUGUCAAUGGUUGCUCAAGAGGUAAUCCGGGGAGGAGUGGCGGUGGGGGUUUGUUCAGGGAUUCUGAGGGGAGGUUCCUGCUUGGCUUCUCGUGCUCUUUUGGGGAGGCUACGAGCCUUCAGGCGGAACUCAAAGCGCUUCUCUUUGGUGUUAGAUUAGGUGUAUCCCGUGGUUUAGUUAGGUUGCAUCUAGAGUCUGACUCAAUGGUGUUGGUACGGAUUAUUCAGGGGAAGGUUAGAUGUCCUUGGCGAUUGCAGAAGGAGCUACGAGAGCUGCAGCAAUAUGGACGGCAUUUUGAUGCCGUGUCUCAUUGCUAUCGGGAGACAAACAAGCCGGCGGACAGAUUGUCUAACGCUGGAGUGGAGGAUGGGCAUACUAUCAUUUAUGAGGGUUAUAGUGCUUUACCUAGGUUGGUGAGGGGGGACAUUACCUUGGAUGUGUACGGGUUCCCAAGCUUUCGUAGGUGCUGGCGGUAG